AUGCACAGAUCUGGACUGCUCCUCUUGGUGUUGUGUGCUGCCUCUCUGGUCCCUCCUGGAGGCACUUUUGGGAACCGCAAACUUUGUGGCAUUCAGUUAGUGGAAGCAUUGCUUCUUGUAUGUGGGGAAAAGGGAGUCUUCUACCAGCCUGGGAGGCGAGUCCGAGAGGAGAACACGUAUAUAACGGUGCGUGACAGGGUGCCAGUCCUGCGAAACUUGAGAGCUUUUUUGGAAAGAGGGAGCCAUGGAGCUAAAGUGGAGAACCGAGGAACUGUCAAACCCAGAGUUACAAAGCGAGGCAUCGUUGAGCAGUGUUGCCAUUUCUACUGCGACUACUAUGACCUGGAGAAUUACUGUAACACUUAG